AUGAUCUCCACCCCCACCAUCAUGUACCUGGGCUUCGCCAUGCACAAAAUCGCCCGAAUGGACGAUGAGGACUACAAACCCCGCAGGAAGAUGCCCAUGGUGAACCGAGGACCAGACCGGGACUACGAGGAGGCCGAGGACAACGGGGAGGAGGACCCCAUGAUCCUGGAGGAGAUCGAGCCCGAGAAGGAGAAGAAGGACAAGGACAAGCCCAGCAAGAAGUAUGUUCUGUACGGUUUGGAGGUGGUGCCGUCGUACGUGUGUACGCGCUCGCCGUGCCCGCACACCGUGGACUGCUUUGUGUCGCGCCCCACAGAGAAGACUAUCUUCCUGCGCAUCAUGUACGCCGUGAGCGUGCUCUGUCUGCUCUUCACACUGCUGGAGAUCCUGCACCUGGGCUUCAGCGGCGUCAGGGAGUGUCUGUGCAGGCCCCGCCCCCGACCGCGUCGCCACGACAACCACAGCAAACUCGGCAACGGCAGCACCAGACACCGGGGGGCGCUCUGUCAGCAGCCGUCUGCUCCUCCAGGAUACAACACUGCCAUCAAGAAGGGAGCUCCAGGAAAGAUGGCCUUCAGAGAUAACCUGGACUCGGGCCGGGACUGCUUUGGGGACGGCUCCAGUCGGGACCAUGAGCGCCUGCGCAAACACCUGAAGUUAGCGCAGCAGCACCUGGACCUAGCGUAUGCUAACGAUGCUAACAAUGCUAUCGAGGGCAGCCCGACCCGGAGCAGCAGUCCAGAGUCCAACACGACCGCAGUGGAACAGAACCGACUGAACUAUGCUCAGGAGAAGCAGACCGCCAACACUGACAAGGGCACCUCUCAGGGCAGCUAUCACUGUGGAACUGGAUCCGUCCCACACAAACUCAAAUGUGACUUUUGUAACGUGCCGUCCGUGAGGAGCGGCUCCAACGGGACGACAGCUCUGAGGCCAGCUCUUGCUCCUUAA